UGAGAACAGCCAGGAUGCUUCUUGAAUGGGUGAUUCCAUGGCUCACCCUCUUCCUUGGACACCCAGCAGUCAGCACUGUCAUGAUUCAGACGUCUGCCAGAAUGCCAAUCAUUCAAGAAGUGAGACCCGCUCACAAUGACCAGAUCUGCAGUACGUGGGGAAACUAUCACUUCAAGACUUUCGAUGGAGAUUUCUUCCAACUUCCCUCUACUUGCAACUACAUCCUUGCUUCCCAGUGUAAGGGAAGCUAUGAUAGUUUCAAUAUUCAGCUCCAACGGCAGGAGAUGAAUGGAGCCAUAACCAUUAAAAAGGUCACAAUGAAACUGGAGGGGGCCGUUGUGGAAUUAACCAAGACUUCCAUCAAAGUCAAUGAUGAACUAGUCACCAUACCAUUCAGCCUGGUUGGCAUUUCCAUUGUAAGGGUCGUCUCCUACGUGAAAAUUGAGGCAAAGCUUGGUUUGGUUGUCAUGUGGAAUGAAAAAGACUCUCUCUGGAUUGAGCUGGAUAAAAAAUUCAAGAAUCAGACCUGUGGCCUGUGUGGUGACUACGAUGGAGUUCAGUUUUUAAACGAGUUCAUCAUAUCAGGAGAAUCUGUCCCUCUUGACAUUUAUGGUCAGUCCUGGAAAGCCGAUGGUCCCAUUGAAGAGUGUGAAAUAACAUCCUCUCCCGCCACCCAGACUUGUAGCAAUCAAAAAGACGUCUGUGAAAACCUGCUGACAGGAUCUGCAUUCCACGACUGUCAAAAGCUGAUCGAUACUGACUCCUUCAUUGAAGCCUGUGUGAAGGACCUGUGUCACUGUAACAGCAGCUCUUCAUGCUUGUGUUCGACCACAUCAGAGUAUUCUCGCCAGUGCGCUCACGCAGGCGGGGUACCACAGCAAUGGAAGACAGAACAACUGUGUGAAAGAAAGUGCCCUUUUAACAUGGAGUACAAGGAAUGCGGUAGUCCCUGUACUGACACCUGCAGCAACGCUCAGAGAAGCCAUGUCUGUGAAGAUCACUGCAUAGAUGGAUGUUUUUGUCCAACAGGGACUGUAUUUGAUGACAUUACACAUAGGGGGUGUGUUUCUGCGGACGAAUGCUCUUGCUUACACAAUGGAAAGCCAUACAAACCAGGACAAUCAUAUUCAAGCACAUGUCAACAUUGCACCUGUGCGCAGGCUCAGUGGCGCUGUGAGAAUGUAGAUUGCGAGGGUACCUGCUCCCUGCUGGGCGGCAGCCACAUCUCCACCUAUGAUGGCAAAACGUAUUCUUUCCAUGGGGAGUGCUCCUAUGUUCUCUCCAGGGAAAUGAAUGGGUCUUUCAGCGUCAUUGGUGACCUCGCCAGAUGUAAAAGCUCAGAAAAAUCCACUUGCCUGGGUGCAGUAACCGUACAACUGCCUAAAAACAUGAUGAUGGUAGUUGAAGCCAAUGGACAGGUUUUGUACAACAACGUUAACACUCAGUUGCCCCUCAUCACAGAUGACUUAACAGUCUUUAGCCCAUCGACAUUCUUCAUCGUAAUCCAGACCACCUUUGGGCUUCUUCUGGAGAUUCAGCUUUCGCCCAUUAUGCAAGUCUACAUCAAAGCCAGUGUUUCCAAUAAGGGAAAACUCAGGGGACUCUGCGGAGAUUUUAAUGAUGUGCAAGGGGACGACUUCAUGACCUCGAAUGGACUGAUUGAGGGAACUGCUGGGGCAUUUGUCAACACAUGGAAGACCAAAACAAGCUGCUCCGAUGUGACAAACAUACUUGGGGACCCAUGCCUUUUGAGCAUUGCCAAGGAAAAAUAUGCCAAACACUGGUGCGCCUUGCUGUCAGACCCAAAAGAAAUUUUUGCAAAGUGCCAUUCUGUAAUAAAUCCAGAAGACUAUCAGGCUUCUUGUGUUUAUGACACCUGUGCCUUUGAGGACAGUGAGGAAAGCAUGUGUGCUGCCAUAUCCUCUUAUGUCCAUGCGUGUGCUGCUGAAGGCGUCUUAUUGAAUGGAUGGAGGGACACUGUAUGCCAGGAAUACACGACCGGGUGCCCUGCUACUUUUGUGUAUGACUACCAAAUGACAAGCUGUGGUCGCACCUGCCGCUCUCUUAGUCAGUCAGACUCGACUUGUGAGGUUGAAUUUACCCAGCCUGAUGGCUGCGGCUGUGCAGAAGGAACUUACCUCAAUGAGAAUGGACAGUGUGUGUCAGAGUCCCAGUGCUCCUGUCAGGUGGGAAACCAGCUGGUACACCCCGGGCACAUCUUCAAAGUCCAUGGUCUAACUUGCUUAUGCCGUAGUGGACAACUAGAAUGUACAGGAACGGAAAUAACUGAAUCAUGCACCGAGCCAAUGGUUUUCUUCAACUGCUCAAGCGCGAAACCAGGUGACAGCGGCUCCGAGUGCCAAAAAAGCUGCCAAACAUUGGACACCGAAUGUGCCAGUACUCAGUGUAUGUCCGGCUGCAUGUGUCCUGCCGGCCUGCUGUCUGACGGUGAAGGAGGCUGUAUUGAGGAGGAGGACUGUCCCUGCACAUACAACGGCGAUUCCUAUAAGUCUGGAGAUACUGUCCCUGUGGACUGCAAUACCUGCACCUGCAAAAGCAGAAAAUGGGAAUGCACAAAUCAUGAUUGUGAUGGAACCUGCAUCAUAUACGGAGAAGGGCAUUACAUCACAUUUGAUGAAAAGAAAUUCUCCUUUAGUGGGGACUGUGGCUACGUCUUCACCCAGGAUUAUUGUGAGGAUGGUAUGAAUGGUACCUUUCGGGUCCUGACUGAGAGCAUCCCGUGUGGAACAACUGAGAGUAUCUGCUCCACGGCUAUCAAACUUUACCUUGGGAAUAAUGAAAUUAUUCUUUCAGAGGAAAAUGUCAGAGUUAUCAAACAAAGCCAAGGCGAGGACAUACCCUUUAAAGUCCACAGUAUGGGCAUUUACCUUGUCAUUGAGGCAAAGAAUGGUCUUGUUCUCAUUUGGAAUAAGAAGACAACACUUCGGAUCAAACUCAAGCCCACAUUUAAGGGAAAAAUAUGUGGUCUUUGUGGGAAUUACGAUGGCAAUAUCAAGAACGAUUUUACCACCAGAAACAAAGAAGUUGUUGUUGAAGCCUUUGACUUCGGAAACAGCUGGAAAGUGUCACCUACCUGCCCUAAUGCUGACAGACACAUGAACCCCUGCAGUCUGUACUCACACAGGCAAGCAUGGGCAUUAAAACACUGCAGCAUUAUCAAUAGUCCAGUAUUUUCUGGUUGCCAUUCUAAGGUGCCUCCACACAACUAUUAUGAUACUUGUGUGAGAGACACUUGUUCCUGCAACACCGGAGGAGAUUGUGAAUGUUUCUGCUCGGCUGUAGCAGCGUACGCCGCAGCCUGUAAUGAGGCUGGAGCCUGCGUAAAAUGGAGGACUCCCACAAUCUGCCCUCUGUUCUGUGAUUUUUACAACCCUGAUGGAGAGUGUGAAUGGCACUAUGAGCCUUGUGGAAAACCAUGUAUGAAGACAUGCAGGAACCCCUCGGGAGCAUGCUACAACCACAUUCCAGCUCUAGAGGGUUGCUAUCCAAACUGCCCACCUGAAAGGUCGUAUUUGGAAGAAGAUACAAUGCAGUGUGUGUCACAGAAAAAUUGUGGUUGCUAUGACAAUGAAGGGAAGCAUUAUGAAGAAGGGGCAAUCAUGCCUCCAAAAGAAAAUUGUUUCAACUGUCAUUGUUUUUCAACAGAGGCUAAGUGCAUCUAUGAAAUCCAAGCUUGCACUUGUUCAUACAAAGGAAAAUUGUACCAGUACGGAGAUAAAAUCUAUGAAACACAUGAUGGCGAUGGAACCUGCAUCACGGCUGUUUGUGAAGAAAAAGGAAAUAUUACAAGAAUAAUGGAGCCUUGUACUACAACUGCGCCCCCCGAGACAUCAGCAACUGCACACACCGAGACAUCAACAACUCCACACACUGAGACAUCAACAACUCCACACACUGAGACACCAACAACAACAAUCUUUACUUUUGGGACCAGUGGUGUGACAACUACCACAUCCUCAGUAACAACCACAGAAAACCCUACUACAACCACCGAAAAACCCACAACAACCACAGAAAAUCCCACCACAACCACAGAAAACCCUACUAUAACCACAGAAAUACCAACAACAACCACAGAAAAUCCCACCACAACCACAGAAAACCCUACUAUAACCACAGAAAAACCAACAACAACCACAGAAAAUCCCACCGCAACCACAAAAAACCCUACAACAACCAAAGAAAAACCUACUACAACCACAGAAAACCCCACCACAACCACAGAAAAAUCCACAACAACCACAGAAAACCAUACUACAACCACAGAAAUAUCCACAACAACCCCCUGUUUUGUUUGUAAAUGGACGGAUUGGAAAAACAAUGACUACCCCGGUGAAGACGGUGAUGAUCAUGAAUCCAUUGAAAAGAUUACCGAUCCAGAUCUGAGUGUUUGUAGUAAACCUCUGGAAAUAGAAUGCAGAGCAAAAGGUUUCAGUGAUAUUCCUUUGAAGGAGCUGGGUCAAAAUGUAACAUGCGACCCAACGGUUGGACUAAUCUGUCGUGGCAAAGACCAAGGCAUACCUCCUAGAUGUAAUGACUAUGAAAUACGAGUGAAAUGUUGCAUCAACAUGUGUGAACAAACCACAACUACAUCCUCUACAACCCCAGCAACAAGCACAGAAAAGCCCACAACACCAACAUCAACAACAGAAAAGCCCACGACACCAACACCAACCACAGAAAAGCCCACCACACCAACACCAACCACAGAAAAGACCCCCACACCAAGAACAGCCACAGGAAAGACCACAACACCAACACCAACCACAGAAAAGUCCACCACAACUGCUACGACCACAGAAAAGCCCACCACAACCACAGAAAAACCCACAACAACCACAGAAAAACCCACAACAACCACAGAAAACCAUACUACAACCACAGAAAUAUCCACAACAACCCCCUGUUUUGUUUGUAAAUGGACGGAUUGGAAAAACAAUGACUACCCCGGUGAAGACGGUGAUGAUCAUGAAUCCAUUGAAAAGAUUACCGAUCCAGAUCUGAGUGUUUGUAGUAAACCUCUGGAAAUAGAAUGCAGAGCAAAAGGUUUCAGUGAUAUUCCUUUGAAGGAGCUGGGUCAAAAUGUAACAUGCGACCCAACGGUUGGACUAAUCUGUCGUGGCAAAGACCAAGGCAUACCUCCUAGAUGUAAUGACUAUGAAAUACGAGUGAAAUGUUGCAUCAACAUGUGUGAACAAACCACAACUACAUCCUCUACAACCCCAGCAACAAGCACAGAAAAGCCCACAACACCAACAUCAACAACAGAAAAGCCCACGACACCAACACCAACCACAGAAAAGCCCACCACACCAACACCAACCACAGAAAAGACCCCCACACCAAGAACAGGCACAGGAAAGACCACAACACCAACACCAACCACAGAAAAGCCCACCACACCAACACCAACCACAGAAAAGACCCCCACACCAAGAACAGCCACAGGAAAGACCACAACACCAACACCAAACACAGAAAAGUCCACCACAACUGCUACGACCACAGAAAAGCCCACAGAACCAACACCAACCACAGAAAACCCCACCACAACCACAGAAAAACCCACAACAACCACAGAAAAUCCCACCACAACCACAGAAAACCCUACUACAACCACAGAAAAUCCCACCACAACCACAAAAAACCAUGCUACAACCAGAAAAACACCCACAACAACACCCUGUUUUGUUUGUAAAUGGACGGAUUGGAAAAACAAUGACUACCCCGGUGAAGACGGUGAUGAUCAUGAAUCCAUUGAAAAGAUUACUGAUCCAGAUCUGAGUGUUUGUAGUAAACCUCUGGAAAUAGAAUGCAGAGCAAAAGGUUUCAGUGAUAUUCCUUCGAAGGAGCUGGGUCAAAAUGUAACAUGCGACCCAAGGGUUGGACUAAUCUGUCGUGGCAAAGACCAAGGCAUACCUCCUAGAUGUAAUGACUAUGAAAUACGGGUGAAAUGUUGCAUCAACAUGUGUGAACAAACCACAACUACAUCCUCUACAACCCCAGCAACAAGCACAGAAAAGCCCACAACACUAACAUCAACAACAGAAAAGCCCACUACACCAACACCAACCACAGAAAAGACCCCCACACCAAGAACAGCCACAGGAAAGACCACAACAUCAACACCAACCACAGAAAACCUUAUUACAACCACAGAAAAGCCCACCACAACCACAGAAAAACCCACAACAACCACAGAAAAUCCUACCACAACUACAGAAAACCCUACUACAACCACAGAAAAUCCCACCACAACCACAGAAAACCCUACUAAAACCACAGAAAACCCCACAAAGACCACAGAAAAUCCCACCACAACCACAAAAAACCCUACAACAACCAAAGAAAAACCUACUACAACCACAGAAAACCCCACCACAACCACAGAAAAACCCACAACAACCACAGAAAAACCUACUACAACUACAGAAAACCCCACCACAACCACAGAAAACCAUACUACAACCACAGAAAUAUCCACAACAACUCCCUGUUUUGUUUGUAAAUGGACGGAUUGGAAAAACAAUGACUACCCCGGUGAAGACGGUGAUGAUCGUGAAUCCAUUGAAAAGAUUACCGAUCCAGAUCUGAGUGUUUGUAGUAAACCUCUGGAAAUAGAAUGCAGAGCAAAGGGUUUCAGUGAUAUCCCUUUGACGGAGCUGGGUCAAAAUGUAACAUGCGACCCAACGGUUGGACUAAUCUGUCGUGGCAAAGACCAAGGCAUACCUCCUAGAUGUAAUGACUAUGAAAUACGGGUGAAAUGUUGCAUCAACAUGUGUGAACAAACCACAACUACAUCGUCAACAACCCCAGCAACAACCACAGAAAAGCCCACAACACCAACAUCAACCACAGAAAAGCCCACUACACCAACACCAACCACAGAAAAGACCAUCACUCCAACACCUACCACAGAAAAGACCACUAAACCAACAACAGCCACAGAAAAGACCACCACAACUGCUACGACUACAGAAAAACCCACAACACCAACAUCAACCACAGAAAAGCCCACUACACCAACACCAACCACAGAAAAGACCAUCACUCCAACACCUACCACAGAAAAGACCACUAAACCAACAACAGCCACAGAAAAGACCACCACAACUGCUACGACUACAGAAAAACCCACAACACCAACAUCAACCACAGAAAAGCCCACUACACCAACACCAACCACAGAAAAGACCAUCACUCCAACACCUACCACAGAAAAGACCACUAAACCAACAACAGCCACAGAAAAGACCACCACAACUGCUACGACUACAGAAAAACCCACAACACCAACACCAACCACAGAAAAGCCCACUACACCAACACCAACCACAGAAAAGCCCACUACACCAACACCAACCACAGAAAAGACCUCCACACCAAGAACAGCCACAGGAAAGACCACAACACCAAGCACAGAAAAGACCACCACACCAACACCAACCACAGAAAAACCCACCACACCAACACAAACCACAGAAAAACCCACAACACUAACCACAGAAAAGCCCACCACACUAACACCAACCACAGAAAAGACCUCCACACCAACAACAGCCACAGAAAAGACCACAACGCCAACACCAACCACAGAAAAGACCUCCACACCAAGAACAGCCACAGGAAAGACCACAACACCAACCACAGAAAAGCCCACUACACCAACACCAACCACAGAAAAGACCUCCACACCAAGAACAGCCACAGGAAAGACCACAACACCAAGCACAGAAAAGCCAACUACACCAACACCAACCACAGAAAAGAACUCCACACCAAGAACAGCCACAGGAAAGACCACAACACAAACCACAGAAAAGCCGACUACACCAACACCAACCACAGAAAAGGCUUCCACACCAAGAACAGCCACAGAAAAGACCACAACGCCAACACCAACCACAGAAAAGCCCACCACAACUGCUACGACCUCAGAAAAGCCCACCACACCAACACCAACCACAGAAAAACCCACCACACCAACACAAACCACAGAAAAGCCCACAACACCAACAACAGCCACAGAAAAGCCCACCACAACUGCUACGACCACAGAAAAGCCCACCACACCAACACCAACCACAGAAAAGACCUCCACACCAAGAACAGCCACAGGAAAGACCACAACACCAAGCACAGAAAAGCCCACUACACCAACACCAACCACAGAAAAGACCACAACACCAAGCACAGAAAAGACCACCACACCAACAACAGCCACAGAAAAGACCACAACGCCAACACCAACCACAGAAAAGACCUCCACACCAAGAACAGCCACAGGAAAGACCACAACACCAAGCACAGAAAAGCCCACUACACCAACACCAACCACAGAAAAGACCUCCACACCAAGAACAGCCACAGGAAAGACCACAACACCAAGCACAGAAAAGACCACCACACCAACAACAGCCACAGAAAAGACCACAACGCCAACACCAACCACAGAAAAGCCCACCACAACUGCUACGACCUCAGAAAAGCCCACCACACCAACACCAACCACAGAAAAACCCACCACACCAACACAAACCACAGAAAAGCCCACAACACCAACAACAGCCACAGAAAAGCCCACCACAACUGCUACGACCACAGAAAAGCCCACCACACCAACACCAACCACAGAAAAGACCUCCACACCAAGAACAGCCACAGGAAAGACCACAAAAUUAACCACAGAAAAGCCCACUACACCAACACCAACCGCAGAAAAGACCUCCACACCAAGAACAGCCACAGGAAAGACCACAACACCAAGCACAGAAAAGCCCACUACACCAACACCAACCACAGAAAAGACCACAACACCAAGCACAGAAAAGACCACCACACCAACAACAGCCACAGAAAAGACCACAACACCAAGCACAGAAAAGACCACCACACCAACACCAACCACAGAAAAUACCUCCACACCAAGAACAGCCACAGGAAAGACCACAACACAAACCACAGAAAAACCCACAACACCAACACCAACCACAGAAAAGACCCCCACACCCAGAACAGCCACAGGAAAGACCACAACACCCAGCACAGAAAAGACCACCACACCAACACCAACCACUGAAAAACCCACCACACCAACACCCAGCACAGAAAAGACCACCACACCAACACCAACCACAGAAAAGCCCACAACACCAACAACAGCCACAGAAAAGACCACAACACCAACACCAACACCAACCACAGAAAAACCCACCACACCAACACAAACCACAGAAAAGCCCACCACACUAACACCAACCACAGAAAAGCCCACCACACUAACACCAACCACGGAAAAGACCCCCACACCCAGAACAGCCACAGGAAAGACCACAACACCCAGCACAGAAAAGACCACCACACCAACACCAACCACAGAAAAGCCCACAACACCAACAACAGCCACAGAAAAGACCACAACACCAACACCAACCACAGAAAAACCCACCACACCAACACAAACCACAGAAAAGCCCACCACACUAACACCAACCACAGAAAAGACCUCCACACCGAGAACAGCCACAGGAAAGACCACCACCCCAACAAUUACCACACAAAAGCCCAUCACAACCACAGAAAAUACCACCACACCAACAUUUACCCCUGAAGUUGUAACAGAUACUGUGGUUACAAAACUACCAACACAACCCCAAGUAAAUCACAACAAAACCACAGUGGGAGCGUCUACUCAUGCCACAACAACUCAACAACCAAGGACCCCACUAAAAACUACUCAGUACACAAUCUCAGGAACGCCCAUUACUGAAACUCCAACUGUAAAACCGCCAACUCCUCAGACUUCAACACCAGAAACAACAACUUUAUGCUCCUGCAAAUACAUACAUAAAACAUUUCCUCCAGGAAGCUUCAUGUACAAUGAGACUGAUGGAGAAGGCUGGUGUUUCACUGCAUACUGCAAUUUGAGUUGCAAUGUUGAGAAGCGAGCUAAACCAUGCAAUCAGACCACGACACCAACUCCUAUUACCACCAGAACUGCCUCUACAAUCGUUUUAUCCACAGUGGAGCCACGCAAAAACUGUUCAUUUCUGCAGCCACCUCGAGAGGAUGGUGAGGUAUGGAGUCCAAACAACUGCACCACAGAAACAUGUGAUAAAGGAAGAGUAAUAACAUCAUAUGUGCCAUGUGGACCGGUGUCCAUGCCUGCAUGUGAUAAUGGGUAUCCACCAGUCAGAGUUUAUGAUGAAGGAGGCUGCUGUUUCCACUAUGAGUGCCGAUGUAUUUGCAGUGGCUGGGGAGAUCCUCAUUAUUUGACAUUUGACGGCCAGUAUUACAGCUUCCAGAGAGACUGUACAUACGUCCUCUUCAAAGAGAUCACCCCUAAAUACAAUCUAAAAAUUCAUAUCGUCAACGAGAACUGUAAUUCAGAUGGAACUGUGACGUGUGUUAAGUCCUUGAUCGUGUUUUACAAUAACUAUGAAGUAAAUCUUACACAGACGAGAAACCCAACUUCAAAUAAGGUGUCAAUCAACGGCAAGCAGGUAAUCCCAACCUACUCUAAUGAUGACUUCAUCAUAACAAGUACAGCAAUUGAGCUGGUUAUGAGAAUCCCGAAAAUUGAAGGCGUUGUGACGUUCAAAGGGCUUGUGUACAGCAUUGACUUGCCGUUUUCCCUUUUCCACAACAACACGGAGGGACAGUGUGGUACCUGUGACAAUAACAAGACCAAUGACUGCCAAUUACCAAAUGGCGAGAUUAGGCCCUGUUCUCAGAUGGGUUUGUGGUUUGUACCGGAAAAGAAUGGAUCAUGUGAGAACCCAUCUCCUCCUUCGCCGACACCAACACCUACAGGAAAACCCUGCAAACCUGUUAUCUGCGAAAUUCUGAUGAGCGAUGUGUUUAAGGAUUGCCACAAAGUGAUCUCACCAAAAACAUUUUACGAGAGCUGCAAAUUUGAUGUUUGCCACAAUGCCACCAAUGGUUGUUCCAGUAUGGAGGUCUAUGCCGCGAUGUGUGCUGAAUCGUCUGUCUGUUUACCUUGGAGAAAUGCUACAAAGGGAACGUGUGAACACAAAUGUUCAGGAAAUAAGGUCUACAAGCCUUGUGGGCCAACAGUUGUUCCAACUUGCAAUGCAAGAUACAAUGAGAAGAGUGAACAAUAUUGCCAGCAAGGAAAUGGCCCAAAAAAUGAAGGCUGUACCAGGGUCAUAGAGGGAUGUUUCUGCCCAGAGGGAUUGACCCUGUUCAGCUCCAACUCUGACCUCUGCGUCUCAUCUUGUUGCACUGGACCGGAUGGCCAACCUAAAAAGCUGGGUGAGACUUGGCAGAGCGACUGCAAGCAGUGUACCUGUGAUAAGAACUCGCUGAAUGUUCAGUGUGAGCCUGUCACGUGUCCCACUCAAAAGCCGCUAACAUGCACCGAGGAAGGAGAGGUGUUGGUGAAACGCAAAGUGGACUGCUGUGACAGACUGACCUGUGAGUGCGAUAGGAACCGCUGUUCUUUGCCAAAACAGAAGUGCCAGCUGGGCUUUGAGUUGGAGAUCCACAUGUCCAAUGACACCUGCUGCCCAUCUUACAGCUGUGUACCCAAAGGCGUCUGUGUCUUCAAUGAGACUGAGUACAAGCCAGGUAUGGAUUUCUCCAAAAGCCCAUGUGAAUCGUGCAGCUGUACUAAAACUCUGGAUCCCAGAAGCCAGUUGAACGCCAUUGAGUGUCAUGUGAAGCAAUGUGACCCACACUGUCCAGAGGGCCAUGUGUAUGAAGACCAACCUGGACAAUGUUGUGGGAGAUGUGAACCAACAGGCUGUGUGGUGAACGUCACAGGAUUCAAAACGAAAAUUAUUAAACCUUCGCAGUCUUGGUCCCCACCAAAUGAUAACUGUACAACGUAUGAUUGCCAGAAGGUGAACAAUGAGUUCAUAACCUCUAAAAAGCAAACAGCAUGUCCUGCAUUUGAUCCAGAAAACUGCGUUCCUGGAACUGAACAAAGUAGCAUCAACGGUUGCUGCAAAACAUGUACCCCAAAAUCCAUCUGUCAAUUGACCACCAACACCACAUAUCUGCACACAAAUACAUGCACCUCAGUCGUUCCAGUGGAAAUUACCGCCUGUGCAGGACCUUGUGGGGACUCCUCAUCAAAGUACUCUGCGGACAAAGAGCGUGUGAUGCAUUCAUGCACAUGCUGUCGAGAAAUAGCGACCAGUAAGAAGGAGGUGGAGAUGAUCUGCACUGAUGGACAAAAGAUGCAGCACUCCUACAUUUUAAUUAAGAGUUGUGGUUGCCAAGCAGCUGACUGUCGGGACAUGAUAGACUAAGUGCGAGGCAACAAACUAAUCUUACCUAAAGGGCAAAAUUAACCACCAUACUCAUAUAAACUUUAACAAUUUCUCUACAAAAAUCAUUAGACACCAGGACUCAGUAUGUUAAGACACACACAUCAGUGUAUUCAGUGGCUCCAAUUACACCUUUUGAACAGAAGACAUUUUCUAAACCUCAUACUGAUCGUAAAGUGCCUCGUGAUAACAGCAUAUAUUUCUGUCCUGGUCUGUCACUUAGCUUUUGAAGAGGAUUUUUUUUUUUACAAUGUGGUGAUUUUAAUCUUAAAGGGUGUUUCUUUUACUUUCACUUUAAUUGACGUGAGAAAUACGAGACUUCAUAAUACAUUCUGAUCUUACAGUACAUUCCAGCAAUAUUCUCCUUUGGGUACGGGAUUGUUUGUGUUAAUAUGUGAAAGAUUUAAAACAUAGAUUUGAAUUUUUAAUGAUUGUUGGUCAUUAUUUCAAUCAGCACUUUUAACAUAAAUGAACUCACUACCCAUUAAAUAUACACUGUAAAUACAAGAGGGUUCGGAAUACCAAAGUAAUCUUUGUCUAGUAUUUUAUGUAUCACACUCCUGGAAAUAUAUCUCUAUUAAAAUCUAAGGUUUACUU